ACUUUCAUCAAAUAAAUAGAUCACAAAAAGUGAAAUAAAAAGUCGAUUUCUUUGAUCUCCCAGGGCCCCAAAAUGAUUUAGUGUCGCCCCGAUUGAUAGUCGUCAGAGAGUUCAUCAGCGGAUAAAUGAGCAAUUCAUUGAUCAUCGCUGGUAGGGACCGCACGGAUAAAAUGUAUGACUGGAGACAGAGACUCUUGGCACCCAGUCCAACUUAUCGAAUAGGAAAUCGCACGAUACGCUUCCAGACGCAAUUCGUAUGGCUCUUAAUUGUCCUUGGAUUUGUAGUUUUAGUCUUUUUCUACGUCAAGCCAUCGUCAUCCGCGUCAAAAGGAUCGUCCUCGUCGUACUACGAGAGCAAUUACUUGAGUGACAGCGGCAACGAUGGCGGCACCGUGUCGAUGCAAUAUAACCACACAUAUCCCCUGAGUGCGCCGAUCGUCAGCAAUGGCAUUGUAAAUUAUAAGAUAGCAGUAAUCGCGGACAUGGACACAGAUUCGCGCAUCAAGGCAUCCGAGGAGCAGUGGAAAAGUUACCUGAAACACGGAUUUCUCAGUUACAACAGUCGCCAAGACAGCGUCACGGUGAACUGGGACACCGAAGAUACCGUGGAACUCACUUCGUUCUACUCGAAUAAGGGACGUGGCAUGGAAUUGUCCGAAUUAAUUGUAUUUAACGGCAGACUUUUAACUGUUGAUGACCGUACGGGUUUAGUUUUUGAGAUAAUUAGAGAUAAGAUGAUACCAUGGGUGAUACUCGCUGACGGAGACGGCACCUCUUCGAAAGCUUUUAAGGCCGAAUGGGCCACGGUGAAGGACGAACAUCUCUUUGUCGGGUCCAUGGGCAAGGAAUGGACCUCGAGCACGGGCGAAUUCCUCAGUUAUGACCCGAUGUGGGUGAAACGUGUGUCAAUUACCGGAGAAAUCCAUCACAUUAACUGGACGAAUCCGUAUAAGGCGUUACGCAAAGCUACGGGUAUCGAUUUUCCCGGAUAUAUUUUACAUGAAAGCGGAAUGUGGUCGCACGAGAUGAAAAAAUGGAUGUUUUUGCCGCGACGCUGCUCAAAAGAAACCUACAACGACAAAGUGGACGAACACAAGGGAUGCAAUUUGCUGAUUAAAGCCGAUGCGGACUUCAAGAAAAUUGAAGUUGUGAAAAUUGGCGAAAUUAAACCGACUCUCGGGUAUUCCAGCUUCAAAUUUGUACCAAAUACCAAUGAUCAGGUAAUUGUAGCACUGAAAUCGGAAGAAGUCGACGGUAAAACUGCUACCUAUAUCACAGUAUUCAGAAUUGACGGCAAAAUUCUCCUGCCUGACCAGAAAAUUUCAGCAACUCUCAAAUUCGAAGGCUUGGAAUUCGUGUAAAAAGACAGAAAUCUCGAACUUAACUUUAAAAAAAAAAUGAAUGUGACAAGAUAGAAAAUUGAUAAAAAAAAAUAUAUAUAUAAAAUUAUUAUUUUAAUUAAAAUCAG